CUCUGCUUCAAGGUAAACCCCUUUGCUUGCAUUCUGGGAAAGGUUGUUUUCUGUCCGACUACACUCCUCGGCUGGUUCUUGGGCAUAGUUUUUGUGUGAUAUUCAUCUGAGACCGAGACGGGGCCAGGAAGACCUGCACAACAGCCAUGUACCUGUAUCUGCUAGGGCUGGUGGUGAUCUACUACCUGUACCGCUGGGUUAGGGAGCUACCCAGGGUCCCUGACAAGGGCAACAAGUAUGUGUACAUCACAGGCUGCGACAGUGGCUUUGGCAACCUCCUGGCCCGCCAUCUUGACAAGAAGGGAUUCAGAGUUAUCGCCUCGUGUUUCAGCGAGAAGGGAGAAGAGGAUCUGAGGAAGGCCUGCUCCAGCAACCUUAUCACAACACACCUAGAUGUUAGGUCCAAGGACAGCGUUGCCAAAGUUGCAGCGAUGAUUAAGGACAAAGUUGGCGAGCGUGGCUUAUGGGCUGUGGUGAACAAUGCGGGUGUGUCUGUUCCUUCUGCCCCGAGUGAUUGGCUGACCAUCGAUGACUACAGAUCCAUGCUGGACGUUAACUUGAAUGGAGUGAUCGCAGUGACCCUGAGCGUCCUGCCGCUAAUUAAGAAAGCCAGGGGAAGGGUGGUCAAUGUAGCCAGUGUGUUUGGGAGGAUCAGUAUCACAGGAGGGCCAUACACUAUCUCUAAGUAUGGUGUGGAGGCUUUCAAUGACAGCCUCAGGUUAAACAUGGCGCCUUUUGGGGUGAAAGUCCUCUGCAUUGAGCCUGGCUUCUUCAAAACAAACGUGACUGACGCUACUAUCCUAACCAACAAUGUGAAUAUGCUGUGGAAUAGACUGCCCCAGGAGACCCGGGAUGACUAUGGAACUGAAUAUCUAAAAAAGAGCUUAGCGGUAAUAACAGACAAAGUUUCCAAGAUGAGUGAUGGAGAUCUGAUGAAGGUGGUCAGCUGUAUGGAGCAUGCUGUAUCCGCCGUGCGGCCCCGCACCCGCUACUCCCCGGGCUGGGACGCCAAGCUUUUCUGGCUGCCGCUGUCGUACAUGCCAUCCUGUUUCACCGAUUAUCUGAUCAGCCUAGACGCCAUUCCUAUUGCCAAGAAGGUGCAAUAAAUUGUGCUGUUUUUUCUGUAUCCACAUGUGCACAUUUUAUGCAAUUCGUAUACUACACGUUUAACAGCGUAUUACUGAUACUGUAAUGCACGUUUGUGUAACAGACAUUUGGCUGAAAUGUUGUUACAUAAAAUUUUCAAUAUUAAAACAUUA